AUGGACAAUCUGGAAAUUCAGUUAUGGGACAGCAUGGUUGUCCAUCGAAAAACACAGCUUGCUCUUCAUGCCAAAGCCCAUGCCACAGUAUCCAGCGGAGCAAAUCCGAGUGCUUCUCACAUUACUGACCAUGAUGAAGUUCUGACAUCUGGUCCUUAUUGGAUCCCCAAAGCUCAGACUUUUAUCCUGUCGCUCCAUCUCGAUUUUCACGAGAGCAUAACAAAUGUCUGUGACUGUGGAACAGAUGCGGUUGAUGUAGUUGCUGACUCCAUUGGAACGGCUGAGCUCUGGUCGGAGCUUGGCUACGAUGUAUGUCAGCUUGCUGUCACACGAGGUGAUAGUGCUUUCGGGAAGAACUCUCCCACCAUCGAGAUGAAGAUGCGGUGUUUCGAUCAUCGUGAUGACUCCACCCUCGAUUGCCCUCCGGACAUUCGAGUAGUACACUUAACGUCCGUUCGAAUCGACUGUCUGCUCAAGCAUGCAUCCAUGAUAGCUCCACAGCCACCGAAUGGCUCGGUUCAUGCCUCGAAACCAGACCCUAUACCCGUCUCAUCACUUGACCCCUCUCCAAUUGGUGGCUUCAUGCUUCCCCAGGCAUCAAAUGACAGAUCCGAGGGUAUUGGAAAUUGUGAUCAGAGUUCUCACAGAGAAGACACACGCCUUCCGAGUACAAUGGUGACGAGGAUAAGAUUCAGAGAGACACAGAAGCAAGACGCUUUUGCCUUGAGCGACGAUGUCCUAGUACGACUUGUCGAUGCUGUCCUACGCAAGGGUAUUUGCACAGAUGCGAUGAGUCAAAGUCCUAGUAUCAAUGUGGUUUGCGAAUUUCAGAAGCUAUCACUGUCCGAAUUUGCGCCAAACAUCUUCAGCCGGGCUUACAGCAAUGAUUUUGAGCAACAAGCUAUUUUCGUCAGGGGACUUGCCAGCAUAUUAUCCUCAUUCUCGCUGUCCAGUAGACAGAGUACAAUCCAGUCAGGUGCUCUCAUUACGAAUGGUGCUGAUGAUGUGGACAACAACGGGCGUCGAUUUGCUCGGGAGCUGUGCCGGAAAGCAAUGUGGAUGACACUGGCUCGUGGGCUUCGGAGCAGCAAAUCAGCACGACGAUUGACUCCACUAUGCCCUAUCCGGAGUGUACUUUCUGGUACACAUUCAAGGCAGCAAACGGGCAUUUGUCCCUCAGUGCUCAUGCAAAAUUUGGGUUCGGAAGAUCUAUGGAAGAGAUCGGCGAUGAAACGAGCCGAGGACGUCUAUGGGGAGAUUCCCCUGACCAGACAAUGUCCUGAGAUACCCGCAAGUUUGGACUCUUUCAACGAAUGCUCCAUAUCUGCUGUCCCGUCAAUCGAUGAUGUCUUGGAUGCAGCAAUGUCCGGCUAUCAUGACGUGCAUUCCGCAGAAGAGGGUCAACGAGAGUUAGAUAUCUUCGAUCUUCUUCAAGAAUCAGAGAGUAUAGGGGGGCAGAUCGACGAAAGGAGAAACCAGACACGCAGCAUCUCACCAGAAAGUGAUGUGUCAAUGCUUACGGCUCUGGUUCGAAAGGUUACUCACACUGUUGAACAAGCACAUGCAGUCAAAACAUUCGAUGUGAUUGGUGGUAACACUUUGCUUACUCAGAAUGUCAUCCGCAUGCAUCCGCCCUGGACGAAUGUGAGCGUAAGGGAUGAUGUCCAUUCACCAAGCUACGACGAGCGCGGGCCAAGCUCACAAGAAACUGCCGUAUCGCAAUGGGUUGGCGAUAUAUUGGACAGGGAGCCAUCUUCAAUAUCCGAACCAUGGACUUGUUGCUCGGACAGUUGCACAGCGCUGGGUAUCAACUGCAAGACCGCUAUUACAGAUCACGAGCUGAUCUCCGUCAUUCAAGACACCAUAUACGAUUCCGCUGAGGAAGAGAACCUGCUUGAAAUUUCAAUGACGCUAUCCUCCAGUGAAAGUGAACGAUUGACGGACUCUUCAUUAUCAGACGUCCUUGGAAACGACCAUCUCUUGUGGCACAUGUGGAAACGACGAGCCAGUGUGGCUCCACGUGGGGAGGCGGACAUUGAAGACAUGAAGAUCUUGUACGAAUCAGAUCCUGACAUGAAGCUCUUCGCCAAAGACUGGAAUAUGGACAACAGAGAUAUGGGCUCAAGUAGCAAUGGUGAGCCCAUGCUUCAGGAAAUGCCCUCUCAAUUGGGGAAAACCAGCUCGUCAGCAAGCCCUACAGCAGAUAGACGGUCUUACUUCACACCAAGUCGAUCAUCCUCCUCCUCCUCAUCACCUGCACAAACACCCUCAGACGCUAAGCUCCAGCGCCGGGGGAGUAUGUUGAAACGACUCUCAUGGGGAGGACGGUCACAUUCAAUGGAAUCGGCGGGGCUCAAUAUGACUAGUCUUGACGGUAGAGAUUUCGAGGUGAAGAGAAGAAGGACUAUGGAAGACUAUGCGACGAUGGAAAAGGAAACCAACGGCGAUGCUUCAAACGAGAUGCUCUUUUAA